GGUGAAAAAAGGAAAUCUAAGGGGGGAAGUGAGGCAGGGGUACUUCCUUGUAAACACCAUCCUCUCUGAUCGUAUUAUUGUGCGCAAUGACCAAUUCAAAACAAUACACCGUUUGCUGAAUCUUUAUUUUCGAGAGGAUAGGUUGAAGUCUAUUCUGUGCUUUUUAUUACAACUCAGUUUGCACUAUGCUUCAGCUAAACGACACGGUUGAACCAAUGAGUCCGGGGGCUGCGGUCCUUCAUCCGGCAGAGGCAGAGGAUGGAGUCGAGGUUGCCUUCACACCGCCGGGGGCCAGAGGGAGCCUUGGGUAUAGUUCUUCUGUAGCAUGUUGCUCCCCCUUACAAACGUUGACGCCGUUUCAUGUCCACAACCCAACAAUGCAAGCGAAAGUGAAGGAUUAUUUCGUCUUUAGGCCAGGGACCAUUGAACGAGCAGUGAAUGACAUCAGAACAGUGGGCCUGCCUUCAGAGGAUGGAGAAGUGCUGAGUGUGUGGCUGCUUGCAGAAGUUGACCACUGGAACAACGAGAAGGAGAGACUGGUGCUCAUAACUGACAGGUCCCUGCUGGUUUGCAAGUAUGACUUCAUCAACCUGCUGUGUCAGCAGGUCAUCAGAAUCUCCCUUAAUGCCGUGGACACCAUCUCAGUGGGCGAGUUUGAGUUCCCGCCCAAAUCACUCAACAAGAGGGAGGGCUAUGGGAUUCGGGUUCAGUGGGACAAACGCCCACGCCCCUCCUUCGUGAACCGCUGGAAUCCCUGGUCCACAGACAUGCCCUAUGUCACCUUCACUGAGCACCCCAUGGCCCGUGCCGACGAGAAAGUGGCCUCUCUCUGCCAGAUGGACAUCUUCCGGACCCAGCUGGUUCAGGCAGUGAAGAAGGCCCACAAGGAGUUUGCCAUUCCGGGCAGGGCCAACGGAGUUCUGAUCCUAGAGAGGCCCCUCCUCAUCGAGACCUACCUGGGCAUCAUGUCCUUCAUCAACAAUGAGGCCAAGCUGGGCUACUCCAUGACUAGGGGAAAGAUUGGCUUCUAAAUGUUUCCCACUGAGUGACCCUCUUAUUCCACAGCAGUGGGAGCACUGUCAAACUGUGUGUUUUAUGAGUGUGUGUCUGUCUGCUCGUGGAAUGCUGACAAUGUGGCUGUGUCAUACCCAACGCUUGAGUAUAACCGGCGGGCAGCCAUGGUCGGCAGCAAGCCUGAGUUCUCUCCACUCCUGCCACAGUGCUCUCAUGCAAAGUUGUUUUCCAUUUGCCAUAAUUAUUUAACCCCCGAGUGGAGAGACCUACUGUAUGUGAAUUUGGUGUGUUUGUGCGAUUAGGGAAUGUCGCUAAUUGUGGGUACAGUGCAUACUGUUUACCUUGUCAUUGUGAAAAUACUGUAAUACACACCUGAUGCUGCUAGGUGAACCUGACUUAGAGCCUUUGGAAGUUAAUAUUAUCGUGGGCCUUUUGUGCCGUACGAGGGCAUGGUUAGGUGCUUUAACUCUAGGUAUAAGAGUGGGCUUUAUCAGCGGUCGUUAUUACAGAAACUAAUGCAAUGAGCUUUGCCUGAUCAAGCGGUCUACCCAUUAUUUUCAACCUGAGACGCCUUGCAAAAUUGCAUUAGCCAGAUUGGCUCUAAAAUCCAUCAUAUUGGGACGUUGUAGUGGUAAAAUUUGAGAAUUAAUGUGGCUGCCGGUGCUACAAUCAGCUUUUUCAGUCAAAACUAUGACCACGUUAUUCUGACGGUUAGUGUUUAUUUACUAUAUUUUACUUGAAUUAUACAUUGUCUGGUGCAAGCCCAACUACAGAUAUCCCCUUGUGACAAUUUUCUUAAAAUGAUUAGGGCUACUCAUCUCCAUUUCUAGAAAACACACAGCCUUUAUCGUCCUCAUGCUAGGCUAGUUCAUGCUGAAGCAGAGGAUUAGGUCCUAUGAAAAUGUGAUGUCUAACAUUGGGGUGAGUGUUGUGGAAUAUGUUACUUUAGCAUUAGCUACAUAGCAUGAGGACAAGAAAGGCAGUUUAAUUCCGAACUAACAGUAUUAUGAUUUGCCGUCAGGCAUUGUGGGAUAAUUAAAAGUACAGUGACACCUUCCAUACCUGUUUGAUUCUUAGUGUUGACCGGUAUAGACAUGUCUAGAAGGGGAACAAAUAAUCCCUUCUACAUAUGGUUUCACCAAACAAUCUACUAUUCAAAUACACAAAUCUUGCUCAGAGGCUAAAAUAGUCUUAUCAACCACCUGAAUAACUUGACCAUAAAAAUAAAAAAAAUCCACGUGGGAAUAAAAAUGGUGGCCAUUUUAGAUUACAUUGAUCUAUUAGUCAACUAUUCAAGUAACUAACUAGUUAGGACUGUAGCCAUAGUCUGACAUAAACCUCAAAUAAAAAAGCAACUGAAGUUCAAUUGGAUACAGCGGUUGAAAUUUCAGCCUCAAUCAGAUUUGUAUGUUAAGGUCUCCGUUUACCAAGUUCGUUUGCUCGCACGGCUUUGCCGCGGACCUUUUGUUCAGUAGCUCUCAGGAACAGAAUAAUCCAUUUCUGUUAAAGUAUUUGGAAAGGACUAUAGUGCCAUUGUUUGUUCUCCUCUCGACAUGAGGACCUCCCUGCCCCCACCUUUUAAUGUGUCUCCCCUCCCUGCUCCACAACUCUUGCUAUUUGUUUAACCACUUAUUAACCCACUUGGCCACUGCUUUACCGAUUUGUCACUUCCAUGUCGACGCUAGAGUGCUUGCUCCGCGAGAACAUCCACCUCAUUCCCUUCUACUCCCACAUGCUGGCACCCAGAGGAACCUUAAAUACCCCCAACUGUCUCAACCUAAACAAGCACAAAUUGAAAUGUAUCAGCGCUGCACAGGAGCCAAUCUAAGGAAGUGACUUAAUGUAUAAGGGACAAUAACAGGAAGUGACAUUGGCUGAAUAUAAUUGAAACUGAUUAAUCAUAAGUCAAUUGCAAAUUAACAGUCUAAGAUUUCCUAGAGGCCCUAUUACAUUUUAUCAGUCACAAUGGUUGAUGGACAUUCAAUUUUAUUUCUAAACAGAGUAAGAUAUCAUUCUUGCAUGGGAUCCAAACGGAAUAUUUCAAAGUAUGCAAGACAAAUCAACGUCAAGAAAUCCAGGAACCAGAUUUAAACUGGUUUGAAAUAAACCAAUCUUUCUCAUCCAUUCACCAGAGAAGAAUCUGGUUGUUAGGCCUCUGCUUUACACAAGAUCAUGCUUUAACUGCUGGAAUGAACUAAGAUGUCUGUCCAAAUACCUUUUUUUCCCCCUUCCACUCCUGGUCUAAAUGUAACAUGCAUGUCUUGCAUGUUGGGUUUGCAUGCCGUCUCUGUUCAACUUCAAAAAAGCUCCAGAAUAUCAAUUGAUGCAGGUUUUGAAUGUUACAAAAAGAAAACUAACUUCUUGGUCAAAUGCUUAAUGUUUGUAGCACGGUCACCAACAUGAGGCAAUUGCCUACAUUACUUUGAUAUUUCAUACGGGGUAAAUCUGAUAUCCGACCAAUUUGCAUAUUAGUUUGACUCAUAACGCUGACUAUAUGCUCAUAAUGACCUUGAAUGCUGUACAUUGCUUAUUAAAUAAAUACUCAUCAAAAUCA